GCGAAAGGGUCUGCUUGAAGCGGAAAUGACGACACCUGUUCGCUCCUCCACGUGCGAGAGUAGCACAGUCACAUUAGAACCCUCUCCAGUCCAAGAUGAAACGACCGAAGCUGAGGAAAGCGAGUAAGCGAAUGUCAUGUUCCAAACGGUAUAAAAUCCAAAAGAAGGUCCGAGAGCACAACAGAAAGCUAAAAAAAGAGGCGAAGAGAAAAGGCGUAAAGAAACCAUCGAAGAAAGAUCCCGGAGUUCCCAACAGUGCGCCUUUUAAAGAGGAAGUCCUGCGGGAGGCUGAGCAGAGGAGACUGCAGAUUGAAGAGGAAAAAGCGAGAAAGAAACAAGCCAUUAAAGACGAGCGAGCUCAGAAGAGGAAAAAGGAAAAAGAGGCUGCAAGUGAAGAAGCGGAACCCAAAGCAAAGAAAGCAUGUCAGGAGGAGAAACAUCCAGAUAAAAACUCUAAAAAGUUUCUUUGUAGUCAACUAAACAGGGUGAUCGAUGCAGCUGAUGUUGUAAUAGAGGUGCUGGAUGCACGUGAUCCACUGGGAUGCAGAUGUCCACAGCUGGAGGAGGCGGUUUUGCAGAGGGCCGGCAACAAGAAAUUGCUUCUUGUUUUAACCAAAAUAGACUUGGUGCCAAAAGCAAAUGUGGAACAAUGGAUUCAGAGAUUACAGCAGGAGUUUCCAGUCGUGGCCUUCAAAGCAUCAUUACAAAUUUCACACAGAACGGCAAAUAAAAGGUUAAGGUUUAGGGCCUCCAAUGAAAUCUUGGACCAGUCCAGAGGAGCCGCCUGUUUUGGAAACUCUGUUCUCAAGGAGCUGUUCAUAAGUUACGCUGCAAGCAAGCAGGGGGAUUCAACUUUUAGAGUUGCCGUAGUCGGCUUUCCCAAUGUUGGAAAGAGCAGCCUGAUCAACUCUCUGAAGGGAAGUUCUGUGUGCACUGCUGGUGUGAAGAGAGGCAUCACAAAGUCUGUGCAGGAGGUGCGCAUCUUGAAUAAUGUGAAUCUUCUAGACAGUCCAGGAAUCCUGGCGUGUACAUCCAAUCCAGCAGCUUCCUUGGCUCUGAGGAGCCUACAGGUGGAGGAGGGUGAGGAAGGGGUGCAGGAGGCUGUCGGGACACUGCUCAAACAGUGUGACAAGACUCAGGUCAUUCUCCAGUACAAUGUUGCUGACUACAGGGAUGCUGCAGAGUUUUUAACGUUGUUAGCCAAAAAGCGAGGACUUCUGCGAAAGGGCGGCAUCCCGAACUUGGCACAGGCCGCUUCAGUGUUUCUUGACGAUUGGACAGGAGCCAAGCUGAGCUACCACUGCAAGGCACUUGACGACAACAGCCUCCCUAUCUACAUGACCGACACAGUUGUCACUGAGAUGUGGAAUGGCCUGGACCGUAACAAGCUGGAAAGAGGCAACGAGAAUACUCUGAGCAGUGUAAAAUUCCCAAACCAGGCCAGCAGUAUCAGCUUCAUAUCCAAAGGUCCAACUGCUGGCCUGCUGGUGGUCAGUGACAUCACUAAACAAGAACAAAGACCCACAGAGAAGAAACCACAGAAGAAUGAUCCAGAGCCUAAAGGAACAGCUGAGACAAAUACAGAUGAACCAGAGAAAGUGGCACCCCAGGAAAAAACUAAGCAUGUCCACUUCAAGUCGGUGCCUGUUGACAUCAGCCUCUCUACAGGAGCAACAGAUGAUGCCUAUGACUUCAACACUGACUUUAUAUGAUUCUGAACUUGUGGCUGAAUCCAAGUGGUGGACCGCUCCAGACCUUAAUUUACAAACAUGCAAAAUACCCACUCACUACUCGGAUGGCAGUGUUCACUGUAAACCUGGAAUAAUUGGCAGAUUGAAAUCUUAUCAGAUUUGUCACUCGUGUCCAGCAUAAAAUAAGUUAAAUUUGUAUCCCUGUGUAUGCAAAUUUUGUAUAUAAACAUGAUCAAUGUAAUAAACCAGAGUUCCAAUGUAAAA